UGAAAUGUAAAAAACAUCUGCGCCGUUUAUACUGUAGGAAAGAGCCAGCGAGCACCCUCUCUCCGUCUCUCUCUCUCCCUCUCUCUGCGCCGUUCAUACUAGGAAAGAGGCAGCCAGCGCGUUCUCUCUCUCUCUCUCUCUCUCUCUCUUCCUUCGAACCAAAGUCAGACAGCCGAGACAAAUAUCAAAACAAAAGAUCGCCACAGCCCACAUCCCCAAAUCAACCGACAACCCAUCUUCCUCCUAUCGCGUUACCAUUGAUUGAAAAACUGAUUGAGACCCAGCAACACCAGCACUCCGACUUGAUGACGUCAAUCUUGGUAUUUUGCCGGCUUUGCUAGAUCACAAAUCCAAUCCUAACGGUCAGAUUUUCACUCUUUCUUGAUUCAGUCUUUCUGGGUUUUCUUCAAUCAAGGCUAUUGAUUAUGUAUUCAUCGAAUUCAAAUACAGAGCCUUCUUCUAGGUUUCCCAAUUUAAAUGAAGUUAACCCAGAUAUUGGCUUGGGUGUGCCGUUAGGGUUUGGAAAGCCGGCAUUUGGCUCAGCGGCAUCGGGCCGUUCGAGGCCGAGACUGGUGAAAUUGAGAAAACCAAAGGGUAGGAUGGAAACUGGUAAAAAUGAUUCUGGGUUUAACCCGUUUCGACCUGUUCCAGAUAAUUCCGUUCCGGGAGUGGAUUCUUCAUUUUUGGGGAAAAAGUUGAACUUUGGAAACGUUGGUAGUGAGAAUUUUGUGUUUGGCAAUUCGAAUACCAAUGUGGACAACUCUAGUGGAUUUGUGGGAAAUAAAGUUCUUGAUGACAUGGGGAAAUUGAAAAUUGGAAGCAAUUUGAACACCAAUGUUGAGAACUCUAGUGGGUUUGUGGGAAAUAGAAUUAUUGAUGACAUGGGGAAAUUGAAAAUUGGAAGCAAUCAAGAGUUUGCGAGUACUGCGAAUCCCAUGUCAAAUGUAAAUGCAAAUGAUAGAGAGAAUUUUAGUCAUGUUGAGGGCUCUGAUAAAGUGAUUCCCGUAUCUGGAGGUGUCUUUAAAGGGAUUGGCAUUGACAAAAAUGCGGUGUCUAAACUCCCGGAGGAGAUUGGUAAGUUGAACAUUGAGGGUUCAGCAAAUUUGGAAAGGUCUAAGAAUCUGAAAGAUGUGAGUUCUAAUGUAAGUGCAGAAAAUAAGACCCAUUUCAGCUUUGGAAGUAGUGACGACGCUGCGAAAUCAUGUGUUACAAGCGUGGCAUCAGAACUUCCAAAUGAGUUGAAGAAGUUGAACAUUGGUAAGGGUAGUUGUUCUUUGGGUGGAAGCUCAGCAGCAAGUAUACUUCCUGAAAAGAUGAUGAAUUUGAAUGUGAAGGAUCCUGUGAAUACUGAUGAUGGUGAGAAGAAAGAUGAUAAUUUCAGUGCCAAUGACCAGAGUGGUUUUGUGUUCAGAAGUGACAGAGGAUCUUCUGGUAUUUUCUAUGGGAAAGCAGAUAGUAUGUUAUCUGAUGACAUGCUGAAGUUGAAAAUAGCAACGCAGGGAGGGGAUAAUAACCAUCAAAGACAGACUUGUUUUGGCAAGGAUUCGAUGGGAAAUUUGAGCAAUAAGAAUCGUGAUGAUUGUUUCAAACCAGUUCGAGAUUUUGUUGAAGUGCCUUCUGUGGUCAGACCUGGAAAGAAGGACGAGUUUAACUUUACAAGCAGUUGGAAUGGUAUGGGGCCAACGCAUGUAGAGUUCACUACACCAAACCCAAAAGGAAACAUAUUUCCUGGCUUAGAUGAGAAACUGGAGUUCAGUGCGAAACUGGAGUCAACUAAAGAUGCCAGGUCAAAGAAAAGAAGAGGAAAAUUGAAGAAACCUACCUCAUCUCAACCAUUGCUUGGAAAAGAUUUUGUCUUUAUGAAAAGUAGUUCACAAGAAAAUCCAGACUCCUUUGAGGCGUAUUCUCCUAUGGACGUUUCUCCAUAUCAGGAGAUAUUGGCCGAAAAUACGGGUUCAAGAGAAACUUCUGUGACAUCAGAAGAGGCCUUCCAUCCUUUUAUCAAUGAUGCCUCAAGUGAGUCGUGCCCAACAGUUUUGAAUGAUGCAACAGAUGAAGAUUUGGUCUUUGCUACUCAAUCAAUGGAUAUUAACUAUGAUGAUAGGAAAUCUACGGACACAGAAGUCGGAAAUUCUGAAUACUGGGUUGGUAAAGAAGGUGGUGCUAAAAGUCAUUCACCAGAGUCUGCUGCGCGGGCUGAUAGUGAAAGCUUUAAGACUGCGAAUGAGCAGUUAGAAUGUAGUACUGAUUCCUUCGUUACGGCUACGGAUAACGAAGUGAGUUCCAGAUUGAGGAUUGAGAGGCAAGAUAGUGAUGGGAGAAUGCAAUUUAGUUUUACUUCAGCUUCAGUAGAUGUUGGUGGGACCAGCUUUAUGUUUGCUGCUUCCUCCUCAGUUCAAGGUCAAUCAUCAGCAGCAAUGCGCCACCAAAAAAAGAAAAAUCGUGCAAAAGUUGUUCAAGAGUCUUAUAGUAGUUCCACUCCUAAUACUAUAGUUCCACCUGCAUCAUCCUCUAUGCAAUUUUUCCCAAACUCAGACACAACUUCACUUUUGUCCCCCAGGCGGGGUCAAAGAGGAGAUCUGCCCUCUUCACUCAGCAGAAGGGGGGAUAAACCGGAAGCAGUUAAGGAACAGGAAAUCAAGCAAAGCUCCACACCUGCUGCAAGCAUCGCAGCUCAGGAAGCUUGUGACAAGUGGCGACUAAGGGGAAACCAAGCCUAUGCAAAUGGUGAUAUGUCCAGAGCUGAGGAUUAUUACACACAAGGGGUGAGCUGCGUUUCUGAAAAUGAGAACUCUAAAAGCUGCCUUAGGGCUUUGAUGCUGUGCUAUAGCAACCGUGCGGCAACGCGAAUGUCCCUUGGAAGAAUGAGAGAAGCACUUGCAGACUGCAUGAGGGCUGCUGCUAUAGAUCCCAAUUUUCUCAGGGUGCAAGUUCGAGCUGCAAAUUGUUAUCUGGCUCUUGGGGAAGUUGAAGAUGCGUCGCGGCAUUUCAUGAAGUGCCUGCAAUCAGGAAGUGAAGCCUGCGUGGACCGAAAGCUAGUAUUAGAAGCCUCUGAGGGCCUGGAUAAGGCGCAGAAAGUGUCAGAGUGCAUGAAACAGUCUGCAGAGCUUUUGCGCCGGAGAACAUCCAGUGAUGCAGAGAGUGCUUUGGGAGUAAUUGCUCAGGCUUUGACAAUAAGCUCUUACUGUGAAAAAUUGCUUGAAAUGAAAGCCGAUGCUCUUCUCAUGCUGCGGAAAUAUGAAGAGUUGAUCCAAUUAUGUGAGCAGACUCUUGGUUUUGCUGAGAUGAACUAUCAUGCACUAAUUGCUGAUAGCCACAGCCUGAUUGCCUCCUUCCGGGUAUGGCGAUUGCACCUGAGUAUUAAGUCCUACUUCUAUCUUGGUAGGCUUGAGGAGGCUCUUGAUUUUCUGAAGAAGCAAGAGGAAUCUGUCUCUACCAAUAAAGAGAGUGAAAGCAAGAGUUUGGCAUCAUUAUUACCCUUAGCUGGCACAAUCGUUGAGCUUGUACGCCAUAAGACUGCAGGAAAUGAAGCAUUUCAAUCAGGAAGACACACAGAAGCCAUUGACCAUUACACUGCUGCUUUGUCAUGCACCGUUGAGUCACGCCCCUUUGCAGCUGUUUGUUUUUGCAAUCGUGCUGCUGCAUACAAGGCUAUGGGCCAGAUCGUGGAUGCCAUAGCAGAUUGCAGCCUAGCUAUAGCCCUUGACGGAAAUUAUCUAAAGGCAAUUUCUAGGCGAGCUACCUUGUUCGAGAUGAUUAGGGACUAUGACCAAGCAACUGCGGAUCUUCAGAGACUAGUGUCAGUUCUCGUGAAACAAGCAGAGGAUAAGGCCAAUCAAUCUGGUGCAUCUGAUAGAAGCAGCAGUGUGAAUGAGUUAAGACAGGCUCAACAACGAGUUUCGGCAAUGGAAGAAGAAGCGAGAAAGGAAGUCCCCUUGAAUAUUUACCUCAUUUUGGGAAUUGAUCCAUCUGUAACGGUGUCAGAGAUUAAGAAGGCUUAUCGCAAAGCUGCACUCAGACAUCAUCCUGACAAGGCUGGUCAGUCCUUGGCUAAAAGUGAGAAUGGAGAUGACGGGCUGUGGAAGGAGGUAGUGGAAGAGGUUCACAAAGGUGCUGAUAGGCUCUUCAAAAUGAUUGGACAAGCAUAUGCUGUACUUUCCGAUCCUAACAAGCGGUCACGGUAUGAUCUAGAAGAGGAGAUGAGGAACGCCCAAAAGAGAGGAAAUGGUGGCAGCGCAUCAAGAAUGCAUACAGAUGUCCAUAAUUAUCCAUUUGAGAGAAGCGGAAGCAGGCGCCAAUGGCAAGAGGUUUGGAGACCAUAUGGAAACUCCCAAUCUAGAACCUCAGAAACAAAUCGAUCGAGCAGGUAUCCGUGACAACUUUUGCUACUCUCUCUCUCUGAGAGGAAUCUUGGCUUGGGUCAAAGCUUUUAGGCUGUGUUCAGAUCAUGGUUUGUGGGGGGAUUUAUGGAUGGACAAAAAGUCAAAAGAGGAAAGACGCAAGAAACAGCUUCACAAAUCCUUUGUAUUGUCUGUUAGUUCAUGCAUAAAUGCUAGGGCCAAACACAAAUUAUGAAAGCUACAUGCCGAGUAGCUUUAUUGAGAGGUGCAGCAUAUGGGUAGGGACUUCGGCCACAAGUUGGGAAUAGAUGGAGGUUUUAACACUGUGAGCUAGGGAGAGAUUUUUACAGAUUGAAGAACAUAAAAGUUGGGGAGUUAAGGAGAAAAAAAAAAGAAGGCAAAAACAAAAAUCUAUUUAAUUUAGGAAAUACUGAGGGCAUGAUACAAAGGGUCGUAGAGAGGGAGGGGGGAGCUCUGCAGAUGUACUGGAAUCGUAUACAGAUGCGAUGAAUGUAUCGUUUGACACUGACUAGAGUAUGUUUAUGUGCCGGCAAUGUGUACAGAAGUGAGAGAAUGUAUUCUUCUGGUUGAUGGAAGAUUGCUGGCCUUGGACAAUAGUCUUACCUGCACAAAAGAAUGACAUUUUUCCAGAGAGAUCGUGAAGCGACACAGGAAGCACCCCCUCUCCAAACACAUUAUUUUCUUGAUUUUUAGUUUCCUUAAAUAUCGUUCCUGACAGUACGGAGCGUCUUUCGAUUGUACAGCCACUGUAUAUGGCAUUUGUUUGGAAAUUUAAGAAAUGGACUAGAAAACACGGCAGCAGAGAUAGUUUUACCUUGUGGUGGUGUUCAACGGUUGGUGAGUUGAUGGAUUGGUUGGUGUUUUACUGGGCUUUUUGAUGGUUCGAUUA